CAUGAAAGAUCUUUCAGAAAAUUUGGAGUUGAAAAAAAGUGCUCUUAUGGAUUAUAUUCAGACUGAAUUAAAGAAAAUCAUGAAAAAUAAUAACAAGACAUCUUCAGAAUGCGAGGAUUUAGAUUCAGACACUCCUCACACAUUAGACGAAUGUGUUUCUGCUUUGAUGCGAAUGUCUGAAGAAGCAAGUGUUCACCGAAACAUUGCAAACCAGCAACAUGAAGUCAAUGUACUGGAAACAUCUUUAAGGUCUCAAAAUUCGGAUUUGAACAAGCAUAUGUCGAAAUUGAAUGAUAUUGAUUCGAAAUUAGAAGAUUUGAAACAACAGCAAAUUGAUAUUAACGAAGAACAAAAUAAAUUAUCAGAACCUCCAAAUAUUGAUUCUAACAAGUUUAUACAAGAGACCAAUAGUGAACAGGCUGAUGAUUUAUUGAAAAGGAAAAUGUCGUUGUCUUUACCAAUAAGACAUCCUCUGAAUUCAUUAGCAAACUCUACUGAGCUCAGCAACACCUCGUCCUCAGCGAAUCCUUCUUGUAUUGUUUAG